GUUCACCCCCUCAGUUGCCACUGCCCAGGUAGUUCUUCUCCCUUAGGCACCAUGGCACGGCAUCUCAAUAUGGAUGCGCAAAGACAAAAUUUCUGGAAGGAAGAAUAUCUGAAGGAGAUGAUGUUGCGUUGUGAUUGGCACCGAAAGUAUGGGGCAAAGGUCAAAGCCAAACAGGUGGCCAGGGACGCUGCAAGAAAGGCCUUCAAACUGCCUGUCUUGGGCCCCAAGGCCCCACCUUCUCCACCUCCACCUCCACCAAAGGAGCCUCCUAAACCCCCCACUCCCCUUAAGGAAGCUAUCGAAGUGGCAGAAAUGUACCCCGUACCCCCUGAAACCCGGGAACUCCUGUACCAGGGCAUCUCUCAUGAUUUCCAGGGUCGCUAUAACUACUUGGAAAAACGACAGAUGGCCAAGCCAGAUGAGCGGUACCUCUUUCCAGUCACUACCAACUUCACAUAUGGCUGGCAGUUGGGCCCCCCAGUGGAACGAACGAUGGUCUCCUGUAAGAUGUGCCGGAUAGAAACCUUCUUCCGCAAGAAUGGGGCAUUUGCUCUACUCGACCCCAAGGAUGUAGCCCUCUGACCUUGGGCUGGGGGGAGGGUGGGAAGGGAUAGCAGGGAAAUGGAGAUUACAUGCCCUUAGGUGGGGCAAAGCUGGCUCCCUA